AUGAGCAGGAGGUCGUGGCAUCCCGCGCUAAAUGCCGUCUUCUCCAAGACGGUCGUUUCUCUCGGCACUUCCCGCCGUCUGCUCCUCACCGAUGCUCAGCUCGAAGCGCUUCUCAAACGAUGUCCCGAGGUCCAUACAGUCGAGUUGGACUGCUUUCUGCUCACGCCCAGAGGCGCCGGUCGUCUCGGCACCGCCCCGAAUCUGAAGUCCCUCUCUCUGACCUCUGUCGAUCACCAAACCGACGCUUUCUUCUACGCGUUGGCGGCCGCCGUGCCCGACCUCGACAGCUUCUCCAUCGCUAUCUUUGAUAGGAGCAAGCACAUUACCAAUGCAGCCUUGGAACACCUUGCCGGACGGCUGCGGAAGCUCCAGGCCUUCUCUGUCGAGUUUUCCUUCCGGGAAAACCUGGAUUUCUUUGUCCUCGCCCUGACCACGGCUUCUCUCCACACCCUCCGCCACGUCGCCCUCCACGAUGUGAGCCAGGACUGCCUCGUUCAGCUGACCGCCGCCGUAGGGAAGAAUCUUCUCUCGUUUUCCUACACCAACUUCACCAGGAUGUCUGACGGCUUUUUGCACGAGGUCCUCGUCGCAUGCGCAGGCUCCAACGUCUCGGCAGCUCCACCUGCCUCCGUCUCCUCUCCUCGCGCCUCUACUCUCUCGCCGUCCUCGGCUUCGCCUCCUCUUCGUGGCCCGAGCGGCGCGUCAGGGUUCAAACUCAAAAAACUCUCCUUGGAAGCUGCAGACAUCAGUGACCUCGGCCUUCAUGCCAUUGCUACCGCUCUCGGGAAUACGGCUGAGACGCUCUGCCUCAAAAGGUGCUCCAGUCUCUCUGAGGCGGGGCACAGUGCGAUCGCCGAGUACUGUCGGAACCUCACUUCUCUGAAUCUCGGAUUCUGCUCAGGCGUCAAUGACCUCAGCGUCUGUUGCCUUCUCCAGUCCUGUCCUUCUCUGCGCACUCUGGUUCUUAACGACGCCCGAAUUUCGGACGUGGCGCUCAAGGCGAUCGGGGACUGCCUCGGCGAAAAUUUGUUUGAACUAGCGCUACACAGAAGCGACAAAAUCACCAACGAGGGACUGAGGGUCCUCGCGCGCGCCUGCCCCAACCUCGUCCUCCUGUCGCUGUCUUCCUGCUCACAAGUCACAGACGCGGGUGUCGUCGAGAUCGCUGAAUCUUGUCGGAGGCUCCUCAAGCUUCGGCUCGAUGGCACACGAGUGACCGACGUCGCAAUUCGCGCGGUUGGCCAGUCUCUUCGUCGUCUCCGCUAUUUGCAUCUGCAGCGCUGCUCGCACGUGACUGGCGAGAGUUUGUCUUUCUUCUCGGCAGAGACACAUCCCUGCCUCAAGUGCAUCGAACUCUCAGAGUCGCGGAGAAAGGUCUCCAAAGAUCAAAUUCGAGCCUUCAGAGAGCGGAAUCGGCCCGCGACGGCGCUGUUGCUCGGCGAGGCCGCGACGGGCGACUGA